AUGAAUGUGCGAACCACGCGCGAUGGCGUGGCGGAGGUGUUUGAGCGGGAUCGAGUGGCGCUCAUCAUGCAGCAGGCACUCGCUCAUCGUUACGCCCAUCCGCUACCGUCGCCGCUCUCUGAUGGCGUGCAUGACGGUCACCUUGUGGACUCUGAGGGAUACGGUACCGCUACAUCCGGUAUUGCCGCCAAGUCGCCCUCCUCUCCACCUCGCUUGACAUGUCCGUUGCACUAUACGCUGCGCCGGUGCUCUCGCACCGAGUAUUAUCUUCGUUUUAUUCCACCCAUUUCUGACACGGCAGGGUUCAUGGAGCCGAGCACGGCGGGGGGCUCUUCCUCUGUGUCGACGCAGUGGCAGUCGCGGGACGACGAAGCUUCUGUAGCGACUGCCGUGGCCGCAGAGUGCUGGCGUCACGCCGCCUUCACGGCACUUACGCAGAGGGACCUGCGCCGACUGUGCGGACUGCUCGAGGAAACCGGGCCCGGCACCAACGGACACCGGCACGACCCCACACCGUCGUCGCCUUCUCUUUCCGCGACGCCGGUGGCGUCGAAUCCCCGUCGCUCCUCUCCGCCUCUCGUGACUCACCACGAGUUUUUUGAGAUGCCGCCCCGGUGGGCCAUGCAGAGCCUCGGCGAGGUGGAUCAGCACACUUUUCACAACUUCGCGGAAUGGGAUUGCCGGCGCCUUGUCACUCCACUCGAUGUCGGGGCCACCGUCGUGAAGCAGGCAAUGGGAGCGGAGGCAGUGGUUAGAGGGGCGGCUGCCUCCGCUCCUGGCGGUGAUCAGACUGUCUCCCCAGCAGGUCCGGCGGCAUCGCUGUAUUCGCCGGCGCAGAUGAUGACAGAGAGAGGUGAUGCCGCGCCACCAUCGUCCUCGUAUCUGAGUCGCACGUCUGCAUCCCCGUCGGAGGCGGAGCACGUGCUGCGUCGUCAAGAGCGUUUCCGUGUGCGUUCAACGGCGGCUAUGGCGCGCGGGGCAUACUGGGUGGACGUCGUGCCGCUCACGGCGGAGGAAGAGCGUGAUAGGAGGGAGAUAGGAGUAGCGGCUAGCACAGACGCUGCAAUUUCUGCCGUUGCCGACACCGAAAACAACAGCAUCACCUGUGAGCGCGUCGACCGCGAUGCGCUGCUGCUGCACCCUCCUGUGGCGCUUUAUGUGGACCCGCUUCUACCCUGUGACGAGCUCUACAGCGAACGCGGCGUCAACACCAGCGUCUAUGUCUUCUUCCUGCGCGCACUCCAGCAGCAGCAACACAAGCUCGCAGACGGUCGCAUCUUGUGCGGUACCGCCGCCUCCGACAGCAGCAGUGACUGUAGCGGUAUGCGCCCCGGCACAGGAAUCGGUACGCCCGACCCACCCGAGGCCGCAGCGGCGCUGGCCCUACAGCUUGCCUUGUGUGCACGGCAGCGGCGUCUGGAGUUAGCGAGCCGCAUUCAUCGAGCAAUCAACGCUGCCAAUCGCUCAUCUGUGCUACGCCGCGUACCCUCGAGAGCAGUCGCCACGUGUGUCCAAGCAGGCACCGCUGUCACCUCUGCGAAGUGCUCGGGGCUUGGCGCACCUGCGGUGUCGCUGCAGGUGCGCGUGGACCAUGCUCGAGGAUCUGUGCAGCUUCGCGCGCUGACACUUGAGGAUUCGGCGGACAGUACCAGUGACGCGCUAGGAAGCGACUGGGACGCAAGCGGACGUGCGGCGACACCCACCUCGUCAGCUGCGGCACGACCCCGUCUGCAAGACACGGAAACCUCCAGUGCUGCCUACACCAAGCGGAGAAGAGAGGACGCGGUGGAAGGCGAGGAGGCAGUGCGAUCCAGCCACAAUGCUGCCAUAACCAAGGCGACGCGGUCGCCAACAGUGGAGGUGCUGCUCCGCUCUGCUUGGAAACUGGCUGCUCUUUACGAUAUCACGCGUUCCGCGUCGCUGGAGCUGCAGCAGGCAGAGCGGAGCGCCAGCGACGAAAGCAGUGAGGUGAGGGUGACAAGCCCCGAAGGGGCGCAGAUGCGCGCAUCUCUGCCGGCUUCACUGUCUUCGUGGCUCGCGACGUCGCUCUUGAGGCGCCUUACAGGCAGGCCGCAAGCGGUUUCUGGCCUAACCGCAUCAGGAACCACUGGCGUUCACAGUGAAGCGUCAUGCGACUCUAGCUGGAGCACUGUGGUGCUUCAUCGAGGGGGCGCAUGCUCACCGUCGACGAUGCCGCUUGCCGGUGAAAGGGUCCCUUGCCCAUCCCUGUCUGCUGGACGGAUCGACCACUCAAGCGCCUCUUCGCCUCCUCUGUUGCUGGCCGAUGACGAUCCACCAACUGGUGUUCCCGCGGCUACCGCCAUAGCCAGCACCACUCUGACCACGACCACAACUACAACCGAAGAGCGCAUCUUUCUUGGGCGGCUUUUUACCCUUCUCCUUCGGUAUCGUACGCUCUUCGGGGAGCAUGGGUACAACCAAGGCCCACAGGCUGCUGUGCCGCCCCCGGUGAUGGAGCACCUUGCCGCUGCCUUCGAGAUCAGCGCCGAGGCGUUCGCAUCACCGCUGAACGCGCAGCUGCCUCAGUUUGGCUCUCUGUUCCCCGACACAGACAGGCACUUUGGAAGCAUGGGGUCCUUCUUUGACCUUCAGUUCGGCGGUGCCAGCGGCGACUGUCACGCUCAGCGGGCGCCCAUACCAACCGACUGCGCUGUACCGCCGCCAGGGUGCCAUAUCGAAGUCAACCCGCCCUUCGACACGACUCUUCUUCGGCACAUGGGGACGCAUCUGCUGUCGUGUCUGACGCGUGCGCAGGAGUCGACGCAGAGCCUUCUGUUCCUCAUUGUGCUGCCCAGUCACGACUUGACGGACGCGGAGAAGGCGGCGGCAGCGGUGGCAAGCACGCGGCUGCCAACGCAAGCGGCCGCUGCGAAGCGCCUCAGCAGCGACCGGUUGCGUGGCAGCACUGCUGCCACUGCUUCGGUGCCACCGAGCACCGAACGCACGCUGCGCGAGUCACCGUACUGCCUUGGCCACGUCCUCUGCGCGGCGGCGGAGUCGGCCUACGUGGACGGCCACCAGCACCUCCUGCAAAGUCCCUUCUUUCGUAUCGAGACGCCGACGCGGCUGAUUCUUCUCGGCAACACGGCGGCCCGCACGCGCUUCCCUCACGCCACCACGCAGUUGGAGGCGGUGCGUGCGGCUUGGAAGGAGGUGACGGAGAGCGCGCUGCGGCAGCAGCGUUGA